GCAAUAGCAUAGUAGGCAUCGAACGGUCUGGCAAAAGUAUUAAUAAUAAUCACAUGUGAACUGUCCGAUGAUAAACACAAUCUAAAUUAGAAUUAAAUACCCAGUAAUUGUAAAAAAUAAGAAUGGUGAUUUCCAAAGAAGUUCUCGGCGAUUUUAAGGAGCUCUACGAGAAGGCCAACAAUCUGGUAGAGUCAGAGAGUCGCGAUGACCCUCCCACAGAUCCCUACAGGUCACACUACAAGGCGCGUGACGUGCUCCAGAAUCUGAAGAAGCAGCUGGACGACGAGCUACUCUCGAUACGAGCCAACGAAGCCGAUGGUAGCGAGGACGAGCUCUGCAUCAAAGCCAUUUUGGCAUUCGUCUGCCGCGACUUGGGACGCAUCUAUAUAUACACCGAGGAGUCAACCGAGGGGGAGAAGUUGCUACAGCAGUGCAUAGACCUGAUUGAACCGCUGAAGUUCACCGGCGAAGGCAUCAUACCCUACAUAGGAGCCGUCAAUGAGCUGAGCAUUGUGCUGGCCACGCGUCAGGAGUACGAACGCGCAUCUAAGCUGCUGCUGAAGGCGGAUCAGAGCUACGAGCAGUUCAAGGGCAGCGGCGUUGUCGCUCUUGGCAUUUCAGAUCUGUACAGCGCUCAGUGCGAACCGGCAGUGGCAUCUGGUCCAGCAGAGCUUGAGAAUCUCUACACGCUAUGCUGUUUCUAUCUGGCCCAAAUGUACGGCCAUCUAGGCGAGCCGGAGAAGUCGGCCGAAUUCUGUCACCGCACGCUGCACCGCCAGCUCCAAUAUAAGUCGUACGAUCCCAUUGACUUUGCUCUGAAUACGGCGACACUCUCCCAGUACUACAUCGGAGAGGAGCGGUUCAAGGAGGCGCGUCACCAUCUGGCCGCCGCCACGCUAAUUAUGGCCGAGCACGAGGCACAUAUGUUGAAGCCCCAAAUGACGGAGCAGCAGCGCAAUGAUGUUUCGGAGACGUUCAAACAUCGCUAUGCAGACGUGGCCCGCUGUUGGGCCAAAUAUGGUCUGUAUCUGCUGCACACAUCCAAGCUGCGUUUGCUGCGCGAUGAUGAUGAUGUAGACGCGGAGACAGUAGUAAAGGCCACCAAGCGCUUGAGCGUCGCAGACGAAGAUUAUCGCUUUCUGGGCCUGGACUUGACGGCUUGUGAGAAUCGUAUUUCGUGCGAUUAUUGUCUGACCUUUGACGAUGCCAAGCUCGUCUUCCACUUUGUCAACGAGUGGUUGGAUCUGGCCAAGGACUACUACAAGGCCGAAACCGAUGCCACAGAGUAUGCCAAAAUCAUACAGGACUAUGCUGAAGCCUACGAAUACAUUGCCUUCUUUGAGGAGGUGCCCGAAAAUCAGGCGAAAAUGCAGAAGCGUCGUGCCAAGUACCUGGAAGACCUGCUCGACUUGCUGGAUCCCAUUUUCUAUUUAAAGAUCUGCCGCGAGUGUUGGUAUGGCGCCGGUACAGCGCAAGCCGCCAUUCUGGACGUCAGGCUGGACAUAAUCAAGGCCAAGAAUACACCAUCCCCGGACGAGAUCAAGAAGGUCAAUCAGAGCUGCAUGAAGGCCAUCAAACACUUUGAGGCCUUCAUCAAGUCUUACAUGGCCGGACCUAGCCCCGACGCCGAAUGGCGCAACAACAUGGACACAGAGGAGCAGCGCACCAUGCUCUAUGCCCACUUCCACAUUGGCCGUCUGUACUACAAGCUCAUUAGCGGCAAUCCGCACCAGCAACUGGAGCACAUUAACAAUUGUUUGAAGUUCUAUCAGCGUUUCAGCACUGAGUGCGAGGCACGCAAGGAGGCGGCCAUGCCGCUGCAUGGCGAGAUUGGCGUGGUGCGCGAAAUGCUGCAACUGCUUCCCCUCAAAAUUCAGGCCAUCAAAGGACGUUUGCCUCCCCCUUCUCCGAACGCAGUAGCCUAAUUAGAUAGACAAUAGAACGUUCCAGGACCAGUUUUGUAUUUAUUAAUGCUUUAGUCCCAAAUAAAUGUUUCGUUAACAGAGACCUGAUGCUCCGCCCA